GCAAGUGCUAUUCGAUUUCCUCAUAUCCACUAUAGCUCGGUUCGCGUCUAACACCAGACUCGAAGGGCCACGGACCGACUCGCCCUCCCCUCGGCUGCACUGGGACUGCACGCUCCCCGCUCUCCUCCACGAUGGGGGAACCAUCAUGGCAAGAGCUCCUCCGCCUCCGUCUCACAGAGCGCAAUGCGAAGCAGGCCUCCUUCGCAUCCAUCAUCGAGCAGUACCGCAGACUCGCACAGCAGACAAAGCUCCUCAAGGAGCGCAAUGCCUCCCUCCUCAAGGCCAUGGGCUCCGUACGCGCCAACCCCUCCUCGUCCACCGUCUACGUCCCAGGCACGAACGAAGACAACCCCGUCCGCGCCGCAUACAUGGCCUCCCUCGAGUCCCAGAUCUCCUCCCUCCGCGACGAGCUCGCCACAGUGUACAAGACCCAGGGCCAGAACGCCCAGCGCCUGCUCGCGAUGAACGAGACCCUCCGCGAAAAGGAGGAGGCAGCCCGCCUCGACGCCGAGGCCCUCCGCAAGACCCGCGACGAGGUCGCGACUCUCCGCCGCAAGGUCGACCAGCAUAACGAGCUCAUGGCCGAGAAGGACCGCACCGCCCAGGUCCUACACGACGAAAUAUCCACCCUCCAGCUCGAGCUCGGCCAGAUCGAGGACCGCAACCAGACGCUCACAAAGGACAACGCAAAGCUCCUCCAGCGCUGGCUCGACGACAAGCAGGCACAGGCAAACAAGCUCAACGAGGCAAACGACUUUUACGAGGACAUGCGCUCCCGCCACCAGGCCGUCGUCAACUGGCGCGACGGCGGCGGCUCCAGCAGCGAGACCUCGGGCGGUGGUGGUGGUGGUGGUGGUGGUGGUGGUGGUGGUGGUGGCGGCGACCCCUCCGACCCACCAGCCGGCUCGGGGUCGGGAAACGCACCGAGGGAGGGGGACCCGACGACAGCGACGACGACGGAUGGGCCGCAGUCUCUGUCGGAGGCCAAUCUGGAGCAGACACCGAAUGGCUAGUCGUCGACGAUGCCGACGCCGACGAGGUCGAGAAAGCCUAGCUAUCCCAGUAGCCCCCUCCCUAACUUGCCUAAUUUCAUACCCACACUGUUUUGUAUCGCAUCUUUCCCUCACAGUAGUUGCUUUCGGACCACACUUUUUCUUUCUCUUUGUUCUUUAAGAAUAUGAUACAGCGG